AAGACUAAAUUGAAGAUGCCAAGUGCAAGCACAAAGACUGUUUGGAAGUCCAAUGACGAUGCUGUGUUGAUUGCAACACUUCUCAAGGAACAGGAGGAGGGUUGUCAAUCUGACUCAGGAUUCAAACCAAAGUCAUUUGUUGCUUGUGCAGAAGCACUCCAAGGGAGCAAGAAGAUGAGUGGAGGGGUUGCAAAGACAUUUGGCUCAUGCCAUGACCAUUGGGGAAAGUGUAAAAAGGACUUCACUGUCAUCAAAAAACUUAGGGAACAGUCUGGAUUUGGUUGGAACCAUACUUUGAAGAUUGUCACUGCCCCACCAGAUAUCUGGGAGAAAUAUCUCGAGGCAAGGAAGGUUUGGAGGAAGAAACCCUUUCCUCUCUAUGACAGUAUCCAGAUCCUGGUCAAGGGAAUUGUCACAACUGGUGAA